UUUCCAAAAUCUCCAUCUCUUCCACUAAACCUCAAAUGUUCAACUUGUUCAAGAACACUAAUCCAUGAAGGUCCAUUUCCAUUAUCAUUUUCAUUACAUGAACAACUUUUUUUUAUUACUAUUUUUAGUAAGUGUAACAACAUUUCUUCACUCUGUUCUUGUUUCUAGCACAACAGAUCCUAAUGAUCUAGAAAUCUUGAACCAGUUCAAAAAUGGUUUAACAAAUUCAGACCUCUUAAAAUGGCCUACCAAUGGUGAUAAUAAUGAUCCAUGUGGGCCACCAAGUUGGCCUCAUGUAUUUUGUGAAAAAUCAAGAGUUACACAAAUUCAAGUUCAGGGUAUGAAUUUAAAUGGUACUUUGCCAAGUAAUUUAAAUAAAUUAUCUAUGUUAAGUAACUUAGGAUUACAAAAGAAUCAUUUUAGUGGUUCUUUGCCAAGUUUAAAUGGAUUGUCACAACUUAGAUGGGCUUAUUUUGAUUAUAAUUUAUUUGAUGUUAUUCCUUAUGAUUUUUUUUAUGGGUUAGAUAGUUUAGAAGUUAUGGCUUUAGAUAGUAAUCCACUUAAUGUAAGUACUAAUGGUUGGUCUAUAUCUAAAGAUUUACAAAAUUCUGCUCAGUUAAAGAAUUUGACUUUAAUGAGUUGUAAUUUAGUUGGACCUUUGCCUGAGUUUUUAGGAAAGUUGUCAUCUUUAGAGGUUUUGAAGUUGUCGCUUAACCAAAUUUCGGGUGGGAUUCCUUUGAGUUUUAAUGAAUCUUUUAUUAGGAUUCUUUGGUUAAAUAGUCAGGAUGGUGGUGGAAUGAGUGGUGGUAUUGAUGUUGUUGGGAGUAUGAGGUCUUUAACUAGUUUAUGGCUACAUGGGAAUCAUUUUUCGGGGAAAAUACCCGAAAGUAUAGGUGAGUUGAGUGAGCUUAAAGAUUUUGAUGUGAAUAGUAAUGAUCUUGUUGGGUUGAUUCCUGAUGGUUUAGCUAGUCUUAGUUUGGAAAAGUUGGAUUUGAAUAAUAAUCAGUUCAUGGGUCCUAUACCGAAAUUUACGGCUGUGAACGUUACUUACUCGUCGAAUAAGUUUUGUCAGCCGGAUCCGGGUGUUGCUUGUGCUCCGGAAGUGAAUGCGCUUUUGGGGUUUUUAGAUGGUUUGAAUUACCCGUCAAGGCUUGUUUCCACGUGGUCUGGUAAUGAUCCGUGUGAAGGUCCUUGGUUUGGUUUGAGUUGUAUUAAGGGAAAGGUGAGCUCGAUUCAUUUGGCGAAAUAUAAUCUUUCUGGAACUUUAAGUCCCUCUGUUGCGAAUCUUGAAUCUCUUACUCGAAUUGAUCUUGGGUCAAACAGGUUGACUGGUGAGAUUCCAUCAAAUUGGACAAACUUAAAGUCUUUGACUUUGUUGGAUUUGAGUAACAAUAAUCUUUCCCCUCCUAUGCCAAAAUUUAGUCCUGCCAUGAAACUUGUAUUGAAUGGAAAUCCGUUGUUAGUAACGAAUUCACCUACGGCUCCUUCUCCUACAGCCAGUUCACCAACAGGAUCAUCAUCAACCGGGUCACCAUCCGACACCCACGCAUCUUCAGUUCCAUCAGAUUCGGGGUCGAAACCUGGUGGUAGGGAAUCUGGUACUAAGGAACCUAGUAAUGUGGUUCCUGGUGAUGGUGCUGCAUCUAUUAGUGAAAGACAUUCAAAGAAGUUUAAUAUAGUUGCAGUUAUUGCUCCUGUUGUGGUUUUUAUCUGUUUGAUAUUUAUAGUUGUGCCUUUAUGUAUCUACUUGUGUAAAAAAAAGAAAGUAAACUCAAGUCAACCACCAGGCUCGCUAGUGAUCCACCCACGGGACCCAUCUGACCCAGACAACAUGGUCAAGAUUGCAAUAGCCAACGACACACAUACUAGUGUCGGCAGUGGUUCUGGUAGUCAAACAGCAAGUGGCGCAGGCGAGUCACAUGUAAUUGAGUCUGGCAACCUGAUCAUUUCGGUUCAAGUUUUAAGAAACGUGACCAAAAACUUUGCACAUGAGAACGAGUUGGGUCGUGGUGGUUUUGGAGUCGUUUACAAGGGCCAACUAGAUGAUGGCACGAAAAUAGCAGUGAAAAGAAUGGAGUCUGGUGUCAUUAGUAACAAGGCAUUGGAUGAGUUUCAAGCAGAAAUUGCAGUUUUAUCAAAAGUUCGACACCGCCAUUUGGUGUCACUUUUAGGGUAUUCGACUGAAGGACCUGAAAGAAUUCUUGUUUAUGAGUAUAUGCCUCAAGGGGCGUUGAGCAGACAUCUUUUUCAUUGGAAAAACUUCAAAUUGGAACCACUUUCUUGGAAGAGGAGAUUGAAUAUUGCAUUGGAUGUCGCUAGAGGGAUGGAGUAUCUUCACACUCUUGGUCAUCAGAGUUUCAUACACCGAGACCUUAAAUCGUCUAAUAUAUUACUUGGUGAUGAUUUUCGAGCAAAAGUUUCUGACUUUGGUUUGGUCAAACUCGCUCCUGAUGGGGAGAAGUCUGUCAUUACUCGUUUAGCAGGGACAUUCGGAUACCUAGCCCCUGAAUAUGCCGUGACAGGUAAAGUCACGACAAAGGCCGACGUUUUCAGCUACGGUGUAGUCCUAAUGGAGCUAUUAACCGGCCUAAUGGCAUUAGAUGAGGACCGACCCGAAGAAAGUCAAUACUUAGCAGCAUGGUUUUGGAGCAUUAGAUCACACAAAGAGAAACUAAUGGCUGCUGUAGACCCUGCUCUUAAUGCAAAUGAAGAAACAUUUGAAACCAUCUCCGUCAUUGCUGAUCUGGCAGGCCAUUGUACGGCUAGGGAGCCAAGUCAGCGACCAGACAUGGGACACGCAGUCAACGUGUUGUCACCACUUGUAGAGAAAUGGAAACCCAUGGAGAAUGAAGCUGAAGAAUACUGUGGUAUUGAUUAUAGUCUUCCAUUGACCCAAAUGGUCAAAGGAUGGCAAGAAGCAGAAGGGAAAGAUUAUAGUGGCUACGUGGAUCUUGACGAUAGUAAGAGUAGUAUUCCUGCAAGACCUACCGGAUUUGCUGAUUCGUUUACUUCGGCUGAUGGGCGAUAAAACACAGGUCCACUUUUGCUUUGUGUUGAUGUCAUGAUAGAUUGAUAGUUUUGUUCAAUGUAGAUAGCAUCGAAUAAUUUUUAUUUUUUUUGUUUUUGCUUUUUUUUUUUUUUAAUCUAAGUAUUUAUGGUGCAAUUUUUGAUGUUGAUAUGUUUGAAUGAUAAGCUAAGAUGUAAUCUUCAA